GGGACACUGGUCGGUGUUUGUCCAACCUCCGUGUCGGUCUGUCCCUUCAGUGAUCCGGAUGUGGAUGCCGAGGAGCUAGCAAAGGCAAUGUGUAUGCGAGAGUGUGUCCGUGUCUUGGAGGUGUAUGAGCAGAGCGAGGAGAGAUCUCUGUGGGAGAGAGCCGACGAGACAGACGGGAGAAGGAGACCGGUUGGCGGGGAGGCCGAAGUCCUUGAUCCGGACGUUGGUCGCUUCCGAUGGGUGUCAGGGGAGCCUGCCAUCCACAAGAACCGGGGGUGUGGAAGUUUGGGUCCGAGAAGCAGCAACAUCUGCAACGAUGGCUGCCAUCUAUUCUGGCAUCCAUCUGAAGCUGAAGAGCCCCCAUACUCCAUGGGAGGACAAGUUAAAGCUAGCACGUUUUGCCUGGAUCUCCUGUCAGUGCUUGCUGCCCAACAAGGAACAAGUCUUGCUGGAUUGGUGUACAUAUGCUCUGACAGGCUGGUACAAUAAAAAGGUCCAGUUCUCACAAAAUGUAUUGGAGGGCUUGUGGCGUUACCUUGAUGACUUUCUUCAUAGCCGUAAGCUCCAAAUCGCUCUCAAGCAGGGAAAGACUGUCAGCGUGCGGCUUAACAUGGCACAGCUGCUACUCGACCUCCUUGAGGAGUGUGCCGGCGACUCCACCAGGCUGUCAGUGGGUGUUUCCACUCUGCUGAGUGUGUGUCAGGGUGUCCUCUCAUCCCCUGCUGUCUCAUCUAUCUUCACCACCAAAUACGACCUCAUGGUCAGUCUCUCGGUGAAAGUUUGCUCCUUCGCUUGCCGUCAACUGCAGCAAGCCUUGCCCGCAGGAUCUCAUCAGCCUGAUUUCACAGCAGACACUGUGCGCGACUUGGACUCUCAAAGUGAUGGGAAGCCUAAGCCGGAGUUAGAGGAGAACAAGCCAAAGGAAAAUAACCUUUCAGCUCAUUUAUUUGAGUUGUUGCUUCAGGUUUUAACGUCCUAUUUAUCAGUUCAACGACAACAAGCCAAUCCAAACAGAGUCUUGACUUUGGUAACCAACCAGAUGAUCCAACCGUUAGUGGUCCUCAGACACAUGGUCACAUCUGCUGAGUAUGCGCAUUCCCACACACAUCUGCGUCUCAGUCAACAGCUCUGCAGAGACGUGCGUGUCAAGAUAGACUCCAUCCUUCAGUUGUCUCUCUUCUCCGCUGAGCACCUGGCAUCCUACAAGGAGGAACUGCUUCCUUCCAAGGAGGGUACGAGGAAACGUGGCACCGCUGAGACAAAAGGCCCCCCAAGGCCUGCCAAUGCUUUACUUUGCAAGCUAGGUUCCUGUGAACCGCUGCUCAUCUAUUCUGUGAGGUCAAACACCAUACCACUGCUGUAUAAGUUCUUUCUGGAAAGCUACAGAAAAGCUCGAGUAGAAAAUGAGGAAGAGCAGGCGAUGCUGUGUUUCUAUUUCCUCACACGAUUGGUUCCCGCUUUGGACCUGUGCCCCUCCAGUUCGCCUUGUUCCCCAGAAAGCUGGAGUCUGGCCCUGCUGGCUGUGGAAUCACUGCUAAGCCAGGCCCUGUGUGCGGAUAUUUACAACGUGACAGCAGACAGGAUAAGACAUGCAGGCGUCCAGUUCAAUUUUUACAGAAGCCUCGUACGAAUCUUCUUCAAUCAGGCCCAGCCAAGCAUACCUGCAUGGUACCGCUGUUUGAAGGUGCUACUUGGUCUCAACCACCUUAUUCUGGAACCAGACCUGGAUGAGUUGUUAUCCUCAGCCUGGGUUGAUGCUGAAUGUAUGGAAGUACGAGUCCAACGGGCCAGACAGCUGAUGUUGUGCAGUGUUCUCCAGACUUACACGAAGCUACGUCAGUUGCCUUUCUUCUUCUCUGAGCUCCUGUCUGUGAUCUGUCGGCCGUCUCUGGAUAACCUCCGACCUCCUCUGCUCUGUGACGACGUCUCCGCCUCACUCACGACCAGUGUCUUGGAUACUCCUCCCUCCCAGGGCCUUGAGAUCUGCUCAUUAGUGCUGGACAGAAUGAAAAAAUAUAUCAUACCUAACCUGUUAAAGGAAGUACAGCAGGCAGAGAUCGAUGGAGAUAAUAGCAAAGGCGGGGAUCAAGAGAAGGAAGAUGCAUCACUGAAGCUUUUUUCACUUAGCCAGCUUCUUCAUGUUGUUUUAUUCAGUCUAAAGACGAUAGAUGAUGCCUCUCCUCGUCCCUUAGUCAGACAAGCUCAAAGCCUGAUGGAGGAGAUGCAGCAGGUUCUCAGCAGUCUGCAGCGACUUUUGCCCACAGAAAAGACAACUACAGCAACAAGUUCAGUUCAGAAGAAGAAGAAGAAGAAGAAAGCAUCUCCAAAGACAUCUAAAACAGUAUCGCUAUGGGAGCAGAAGACCCAAGAGGCGGUUCUUCUGCUCAGUUACACUUGGGGGGAAGUAGACACACUCUUUCACCUCCACUGUAGCAAAUACACAUCUUUUGAUUCAACAGAAAUACCUGGUAAAAGUGAAAUCCUCUCUGAUGCUUCGGCCUUAACCAACAUAGAGAAUCUUCUCCAUCCCUUUGCUGCCUCUCCAUCCUGCAGUCCAUUCAGCUUUGUGCAUCUCAAGCUUCGUACUUUGCAAUACUUUAAGAAAGUGUUGUUUGAUUCAGCCUCACUCAUGGAAUCAAGUACUGCAGAGUCCCUAAACAGUGCGGCACGGUUUAUCAUAGCUAGAGAUGAGCUGUAUGCUUGUUCUGAAGAUGAUCAUGCGUGGGACGGGCAGAUGAGCAGCGUGGACUCCAGCACUUACCGUGUUGCACACUGGUAUAUCGUCACAACGAAUCUGCCUUUGCUCACCGCCUUUUUGAAUCAAGAAGACAUGCGCUGCAUUGUAGACAUUCUGGUCUGUUCACUGCUGAGGAAGCAGUCCAAUGAAGGCAAAGAUCAGCUGUCCAUUUCCCACAUAUCUUCAGAGCUUCUUCAGAGCUCCAUUCUUGUCGAGUUGCCCUCACUGUUUUCCGCCACAGUUGGCUCCCUAACACAAAGGAUUAUGGGGGUUUUAACAGCAGCAGAUGUCCCUAAAAUCUGUCAGACACUCGAGAAAUACCGGGAAGCAGGUGAGCUUCGCCCCUCACUUCUAGUGGAGGAUAUAAAAAUGUCCUCUCAGUCUGGGCAAGUGUUUGUAUUUUUAAGUUAUGCCCAAACCAAAGAGCUGAUAGACCUGCUGCAGAUCUUAUCGAGCCUAAACCCAGAUGGACUGAACUCUGAGGAUCUAUCGUCCCUUUUUCUCCUCCUUACCUUCAUACUCACAUCCGCCUCUUGUCAAUCUGAGGCUUCAGAUUUGGGCGAUUGCACAGGUUUUCUGGGUAAGCUGCUCAGGAUGCUUGCUUGUCUCGUGGAGGGUAGAAACUUCCAGAGUGUUCUGAAGAUCAUUUACGGCAGCACUCUGCUGCAGGCUGUUGUGUCUUCCCUCUUCUGGCGCAGCAGGAAAGGACAAUUUAGCUCCACCAGCAACUCAGACUGGUUGGAGUUGAUGGCAGCCAUGCAAGAUUUCAUUACGUUUUUGGUCCAGCUGAUUAUAGUCAGGAACAGCAGCGUGCGCCUCAAUCUGGACAGCUUUGCCUCCUUUCUUAUCAGCAAGGAAAAUACAUCAAAUACCAGAGUGUCCGGAAUGUCUCUUCAGCUUCUGCUGGGAUCGUUGGCCUCCUUCUCAAAGGUCAUGAACUCUAACAUGGGGAGAAAUAAACAGUUAGAUGACACUUUGACUCAGUUGCUCACAAAGUCGACAUCCUCACUGGGACCUCAUGUGGAGUUGGUCCUCAAGGCCCGGAAUAUCAGCGAGCCAGGCUUGCAGCCCGUCUGCAUACUCAGUCCAGCCUUUGUGGUGGACACUGUCACCACCAUGCUAUGGUGUGAGCUGUCGUCCAACAACAGGAAAACCUUGAAACACAACCCUCUCUAUCAGAGUUUCUCUCAGCAGAUCCUUAAAGAGAUGAACUCUGCAGCCAGACCCGUGGACUUCCUGGUUUCCUCUCUUAAUUUCCUCUCGGCUUUUUAUAAGACAGCGGUGAAGACUGGAGGCAAGGAGGUGCAAGAUGAGGACAAGAGAGAAUCAGGGAUGUUCAGACAGAUAAUUCGAAAUGUACACAGACUUUUGUCAGCUCCUUGGCUGUCUCCAUCUGAAACAUGUGAGCUAGAGCCAGCUGUGCAGGAUCUGCUGCGCCAUCUGGUGGAGAACAUCACUUCUUACCAGUUGAGCCUCCUGCUGCUGAUGAUCAGAGACGGGCUGGACACCUGUAAACUCUGGGCUGGAAACUAUAAGGAAGUGCUAGCUGCCAUCACCAUUGCCAAGCUGCUGUUCUGCUGUCAGUUGCCUGAUCAUUCCUCCAGAGCUCUGUGGCUCUUUGCACCACAGAUUCUGUCUGCUAUGGUGUUUCUUGUAAGAUCAUCCAGUCAGGACCUCUCCUUGACUUUGACCUUUACCACUCCUACUGUCACGGCGAUGGUUACACUGCUUCGCCAGGGGGAGGGUCUUAUCGACAAUCCCCAUCAUGUGGCCUUGGUCCUCGGAGCGCUUCAGGUUGUGCCGCUUGAACACUUGUCCCCAUCCGUCUACCAGUCGGCAUUCUUGGCAGUUCAUGAGGCUCUUUUUGCCAUCAUCCAGUGUCACACUCAGGUGAUGCUCAACACAGCACCAUCAUUCUUGAACGUCUUUUACCGUCUGGUGUCUUCCAUCAUGCAAGAGGGUCGGCAGAGAGGAGAUGGUGACGCAGGCGGAGAUAGCGAAGUCUACCUUCAGUGUUCCCGACUGGUAGAAAGGAUGUACUCUCACAUUGCUGCCAUCUCUGAGAGCUUCACCACACUGUCAGCCUUCAUGGUGGCUCAAUAUGUCACAGAGCUGCAAAAGGUUACUCUGCGGCCAGAAAUUAAGCUGCACCUGACAGAGGGCAUCUACCAGAUACUGGACCUGUGCAUAGAGCAGGAUAUCAAGUUUCUAACGGCAGGACUGCCAAGCGGAGUCCGUGAGGUGUUAAAUGAGCUCUACAGUAGCUACACGCACUACCACAAAACCCAGAGGCAAGGAGAGGACAAGUACACUGUUUGAAAUGACACAACAAACUUCCAGUAUGGGCCCAGGCAACCCAUUUGGAAUUGAUGCUUCUGUGGAUAACAGAUUUGUCAUGUAUUACACUGAGACUUUUAAAAAAAUAUAUGUUUUUUUUACAUUUUUUUAGGCAUGGAAACGGUUUGUGUAAAAACUAAAGACAUAAUGAUUUGCUACAAAAUAACAACAAUCAUAAUUUCUACUUACUGUACAAGCAUCAAUCAAUCUAUCAUGUCCAUUUUAUCCCAAAUUAAACUCAUGGAAAAAUGUGCUUAUGGUAUGAUUCUUUUUUUUUUUUUUUUUUGAACUGCUAA